GCCUAUCGGGUCUGGUGGCUUUCCCCAUCGCAGGCGAUUUCCGCAUUUGGGGUUCCGGAACUGGACCGCGAAUCUCAUUGUCCAUCCUCUGCGGGCUAAACCUCGUGACUGCGCGUGACCGCGUGACCGCAGCGCCAGCCUUCCAGCAGACUGAGCCGGAGCCCGAGGACGACCGCCUAGGAAACGGGGAGCUGCCCACCGCGUCGUGGCCAGCUUCCUUCCAGCGACGCGGGAGCAUGGAUCACUGCCUCAGGGAGGCCGACUCCAGUGCUGUGCCGAAGCUACAUUCACAGAUGCCCCACGCGGUGUCUCUAACCCUGACUCAUCGUGAUGUUAUUACUUGAGGACCCUGAGAAGAACAUGGUGGAUUGGGCCUGUAAUACCAGUACUCUGGAGACCUCAGCAGGAUGUUCAUGAGUUCAAGGACAGCUUGGACUACAUGAACAAGAGCUAUGAGGCUUCUGUGGUCCUGCCUCCUGCUGGCUGCCAUAGGAUUCCUAACCACAGCUACACCUCAUCCUAGGAAUUCUUCUCUGCAUCGUCUCACCAAGCAGUUACUGCAGUACUAUCACAAGGAAGUGAGACCAGUUCACAACUGGGCAGAAGCCACCACUAUCUACCUGGACCUGUGUGUGCAUGCUGUAUUGGAUGUGGAUGUACAGAAUCAAAAAUUAAAGACAAGUGUGUGGUACCGUGAGGUUUGGAAUGAUGAGUUCUUGUCUUGGAACUCCAGCCUGUUUGAUGAGAUUCGAGAGAUCUCUCUCCCUCUCAGUGCCAUCUGGGCCCCUGAUAUCAUCAUUAAUGAGUUUGUGGACACUGAAAGAUCCCCUGACCUUCCCUAUGUGUAUGUGAACUCAUCGGGGACCAUUAGUAACUACAAGCCUAUCCAGGUGGUUUCUGCAUGCAAUUUGCAGACGUAUGCUUUUCCAUUUGAUAUCCAAAAUUGCAGUCUAACCUUUAGCAGUAUUCUGCAUACAGUGGAAGAUCUAGACCUGCGCUUCCUAAGGAACAGAGAAGAUAUUAAGCAUGACAAACAGGCAUUCUUGAAUGACAGUGAGUGGGAACUCCUUUCCGUGUCCCCAGCAUAUAACAUCCUGCAGAGCAGUGCUGGAGACUUUGCUCAGCUUCAGUUUAAUGUGGUGAUUCGCAGGUGCCCACUGGCCUAUGUCGUGAGCUUGCUGAUUCCCAGCAUCUUCCUGAUGCUCGUGGACCUGGGAAGCUUCUACCUGCCACCCAAUUGCCGUGCAAGAAUUGUGUUCAAGACCAGUGUGCUGGUGGGCUACACAGUCUUCAGGGUCAACCUGUCUGAUGAGGUGCCAAGGAGUGCAGGGUGCACAUCUCUGAUUGGGGUCUUCUUUACCGUCUGCAUGGCUCUCCUGGUUCUCAGCCUAUCCAAGUCCAUCCUAUUGGUCAAAUUCCUCUAUGAUGAGCGACGCAGUGGGCAGGAACGGCCUCUCCUAUGCCUUCGAGGGGACUCUGAUGUUGAUGAGUCUAGGUUGCACCCCAGGACCCCGCAUGAGGAGGCAAAAGAGUCCCCAGUCCGUCAGGAGCACCAGGUUCAGUCAGGCACCCUGAAGGAAGUCUGGUUCCAGCUUCAAUCCAUCAACAACUAUCUCCGAACUCAGGACCAGGUAUACCAACAGGAGGUGGAGUGGCUGGCGCUCCUGUACCACUUUGACCAGCUGCUCUUCCGAAGCUACCUCGUAGUUCUGGGGCUCUAUACUGUCACCCUGUGCUCACUCUGGGCCCUGUGGAGCAGUUUGUGAAAAUGGAAACUGCUGGUCUCAGCCUGUGAUGUCACAACACUUAACAAAAAGCUAAACAAUGUUGUGGGAAGAUUGAUGUCUUAACAGUAUGUAUGCCAACUUGGCCCUGGAACCCUGCUCAAAACAGCCCAAUUCUCCCAGGGUCAUCACUCUAUGACUCU